GGGGAAAUGGUCUUAACAUUACAAUGUUAUUGCCAUCUCUGUACAAAAGACAACUUUACAUGUGUGACAGAUGGGCUCUGUUUUACCUCAGUAACAAGGACUGUGGACAAAGUCAUACACAAUAGCAUGUGUAUAGCAGAAAUUGAUCUGAUUCCCCGAGACAGGCCUUUUGUUUGUGCCUCCUCCUUCAGAGAUGGAGUUAUUACUUUGCCUCAUUGCUGUGAUAAAGACCACUGCAAUAAAAUAGAGCUUCCAAUUCCAACACCAGGCCCAACUCCAGGAAAACCUGCUUCUAAUCUAGGACCUGUGGAACUGGCAGCUGUCAUUGCUGGACCUGUCUGCUUCGUCUGCAUUUCACUAAUGUUGAUUCUGUAUCUUUGUCAUAAUCGUACUGUAAUUCAUCAGCGUGUACCAAGUGAAGAAGAUCCCUCAUUAGAUCGUCCCUUCAUAUCAGAAGGAACUACUUUAAAAGAUUUAAUUUAUGAUAUGACAACUUCAGGCUCUGGGUCAGGUUUACCUUUACUUGUGCAAAGAACAAUUGCAAGAACUAUAGUACUUCAAGAAAGCAUUGGUAAGGGUCGCUUCGGAGAAGUCUGGCGAGGAAAGUGGAGAGGAGAAGAAGUUGCUGUGAAGAUAUUCUCUUCAAGAGAAGAACGCUCGUGGUUUCGUGAGGCAGAAAUUUAUCAAACUGUUAUGCUCCGGCAUGAAAACAUUCUUGGAUUUAUAGCUGCAGACAAUAAAGACAAUGGUACCUGGACUCAGCUGUGGUUGGUAUCAGACUAUCAUGAGCAUGGAUCACUCUUUGAUUACCUGAACAGGUAUACAGUGACUGUGGAAGGAAUGAUAAAACUAGCUUUGUCCACUGCCAGUGGCCUUGCACAUCUUCACAUGGAAAUUGUUGGCACGCAAGGAAAACCAGCAAUUGCCCACAGAGAUUUGAAAUCAAAAAAUAUAUUGGUAAAAAAGAAUGGAACGUGCUGCAUUGCAGAUCUAGGACUGGCAGUAAGACACGAUUCAGCUACGGACACCAUUGAUAUUGCUCCAAACCACAGAGUGGGAACAAAAAGGUACAUGGCUCCUGAAGUUUUGGAUGAUUCCAUAAAUAUGAAACACUUUGAGUCAUUCAAGCGAGCAGACAUCUAUGCAAUGGGAUUAGUAUUUUGGGAAAUAGCUCGGCGAUGUUCAAUUGGUGGAAUCCAUGAAGAUUACCAGUUGCCAUACUAUGACCUUGUCCCUUCAGAUCCCUCAGUUGAGGAAAUGAGAAAAGUUGUUUGUGAGCAGAAAUUAAGGCCCAAUAUUCCAAACAGAUGGCAGAGCUGUGAGGCAUUACGAGUAAUGGCGAAAAUUAUGCGGGAAUGCUGGUAUGCCAAUGGAGCUGCUAGGUUAACAGCUUUGCGCAUUAAGAAAACAUUAUCACAACUUAGUCAACAGGAGGGGAUAAAGAUGUAAUCCUGGAUUUGCUACUGAGGAAUACUGUAAAAAUCUGUAUCUGCACCAGGUGGCAUGUCACGAAGGUUAAUUGUUCUACCUCAUUGAGGGAACAGAAGGAUACUGCUGCCUUUUAAUACUUCAUAGGAACAUCACUUACUAGCCCCAAGAUUUUUGUGGACAUGCUGAACAGUUGUGUUGGGUCCUUUCUGUGCACUAUGAACACCUCUUUCCCGGGAUACUUACAAAACAUUGUGUAGUCUAGUUUUAUUUUUCUAUUAACCUGUAACUUCUUAUUUGGAAAGUUGAUAGCUGGUUUUAACUUCUAGUUAACUAUGCUUAAAAAAAAAAAAAAAUCACUUUUAAAAUGGAACUGGUUCACUAAAUUGUUCUGGAGUGCAUUGAUGGCUCUUUAAGCAACUUUAGUCCUGGCUGGUACAUUGAGUAUUCUGAACCACUGUCACAGUUCUUUGAUUCAGAUUUUGAAUGUACUAUUGCAGUAUACUCUGCUAGCUAUAGGGUUGUCUGUCUUUUGGACUCUUACCUUGAUUUACAAAAUGACCUCAUUCAGUUGUGGGGAACAUAAUUUAUGCAACUAUACUUUCUACGUGAUUACUGUUCUGUUUUUUGUCUCCACUUUCUCAGAACAUUACAUUGCCUUCAAAAUAGAUUGUAUUAUACCAGUAAGUGCCGCUUUUGAGUCUUUUUAAUGCAAAACAGUAGGAACAUGCAAAGCCUAUGGUACUUGUGGUUUCCAGAUUACAAGUUCAAAAGUCAUUUAUUCGUUUACUUAGCUAAGAUCUAAUUCAAACUAUUUCAGAAAGUGAGUACAUCAUUUUCAAAAUAUCUUUUAAUUUUACAAAAAUGCGAUUCUUUAAACCACUGUAGGAGUUUUAAAUAGUGUAAGCUAGUUAGUUCACUGUCAUAUUUUGUAAUUGUCAAGUCAUGAGUUAUAAUUAUAUAUUAGACUUUUUAUCAAGUGGUACUUUUAAAAUGCUUGAAGUGCCCUUGUCUACUUAAGAGAAGUAGCAGGAGGAUUAAAAUGUUCUUAAGGGAGGUUCUGCUCCUUUAAAUCAAUUGUGAAAAGUAUAUUUUCUGUUCAGUUCUGCAGUGUCUUUAGGCUCACAGAGCAAUAUUUCCAAUUAAACAAGAAUUAAGGGCACCUGUAAUUAGGGAGAAUUUAUUUGGGCUUUUGUACUAGAAAGUUAAAAGCAGCUUUUUAUGUGCAUAUAUUUUGUGUGUGAUGACCUGCAGGUCUUUGAGACCAGAGGAUUCCAGCAAUCCUCUUCACAGUUACAAGAACAAAGCUUAUGGUGGCUUGUGUUGUCAUAAGAACAUAGAAGAAUAUGCAUAGCUUUAGUCCAGAUUUGCCUGAGAAUUUAAGGAAGCUUUGGCAACUUUGUUCAUAAAUUGAAUUGCUUCCUGUCCAAAUGUACAACAUCUAAGGAGGAACAGGGGAAUCCACAUGGAAAACUUUAAAACUGCAGUCUCUGGGGGGAGGGGGGUGUAUACAUAUUGCAGUAUUGGGAAGAGGCUGGUUGACCUUUGAUUUCAUUAAUUUCCGAAAAAAAGUAAUUUGGAUUUCUGUAUUUAAAUGCACCUGGUAAUUAACAUGCCACCUAACAGUUAAUCUCCUACUCUCCAGAACACAUCACUACCCAUCCUACUAUACAAUAUGCAGAGUAACCUUAAUUCUUAUUUUUCAUUCUUCACCAUACAGUACUUCCAGAAUUUUUGACAAAGCUAGUAACUGUGGCAAGACUAUCAUUUGAUAAAAGGCUGUUAGCAGCAGUCAAGACUGUUUCUUGAUCUGUAGUAUAUGGUUGCUGAAGCAAUAAGAGGGAUAGGUUUUUUUAGUAAGAAGAGGCUUUAGUAAGAAGGUGGCAUAAGACUUUUGUUUGGGCUGUAUAGGUAUAGCAGCCAUAGCAGUUCAUAACACUCAAGUAUUUCCGAAUUCUUAACACAUGCUUGGAGAUGGAUUUAAAUGAUGUGGAAAUUAUAGACCUGCAGAGGCUGAACUGUAAAUACUGAAAUAAUUUAUUCAACCACCAUUAUGGACGAGUUUAGUCAUACUAGAAUGUGGCACCUGUGGAGGAGGGGGGAAAAAAAAGUAGCUUUUAGCAGGAAACAAUUGAAUUUAAACAGAUGUACAGCUGUUAGGCUUAUGUUUGUUCUGCACUAUCUGACCAAUCAGGCUGAUGUGCUUCAGGCCUCUAUAAAAGUUGAAAGUUGACUUCAUGCAGGUAUUUUAAAUGGAGUAAACUAUACCUUUGUGCAACUGGACAGUUAAGGUGUACACCACAGUUUUUCAGUUAUGACUGAUUAAAAAAUGAUUAAGCGUAACCAAACUCCCAGUUUAUCUAUUUGGCAUCUUUCUCUAACAAGUCCUAUGUAUCUAGGCAAAUAGUUAAAGAAAACACUUCAGCACUGACGUAGAAUUUAGUAUAGCCCCAUAUUAAUUUCAAGGAUUUCCUAUUUAAAAGAACUUGGUGCCUUUGUUAAAUUCUGAGUUUUCCAUAGGUGUGCCUGCUUCUUUACCACAGAUGCAAAUGGUAUAAGUCAUAUUUUACAAAUGUCAGGCUGCCAGCAUGCUUCCAGUCUUUAUGAUAAUCUCAGUGACAUGGGAGAGUUUUCAAUAAUUCAUCAAAUUUCAUUACUGUUUUUUAGCAACUACAAAGUCUUAUCACAAUAAUGUUUAGUCUUCUAAAAUAUAAGAAGCAGUUCUAUUGCAUUGCAAAGAGGAGACUCUUAAGGCAGCGGAACAGCAUGAUGACAUGCAGAUUACUUCAACUACACGGUAGUUUGUUGCAUUCGUUAUCUCACCCACCUACUAGUCUUCAUUCUCCUGAAUUGAUAGUAACUAUUCUUAGGCUGUUCUAAUUCUUAAUUUUAUAAUAAAACCUUGCAAAAACAAAUGCACAAAGGAGGCUUGAUACAAUGUGUGACUUUAUGAAAAUUACUUGGGGACAACCUUAUUAUUCACACUAAAAUGCAGAACAGGAAAAUUCUGAGUAGAGCUAUAUGUAUCCUCAGUUCUGACACCACAACUUAAAGCUUUGUUCUUCUUUUCCAUUAUAUAAAGUGAGCACCUUUUACAAAGGGUGUGUCUGUAUAUAUUAUGUAACUUUAAAUGUUACCUGUGUAAUAUCAUAUCUUAUAUAUAUGGACACAGGUACACAUAAGUAUUUUUUAAAUUAAGAUUGUAAUAUCACCAGAUCUGCUCUUGGAAAUCCAGGGGGACCAAAAUAUUUUAGCAUUCAAAAUAUUAAUUUUAUAUCAUUUCAAGUAUAUACCAAAACAAUUUCUGAAUACUGAUGCAAAUGUCUUUUGUAAAUAUGAAUGCGUUUUACAUUCACUCAAGUUUAAUGGAUUUAAUCAGUUUGACAUUUUAGUAGCAUUGAGGCCUCAGUUCAGUUUACAGACUUGUGACCAGGUGGAUAUUGACAUGAAGAAUAAGGAAUGUUGGAAAUGAUUUGAUGCUGAAAAGCUUGAAAUGUUGUUUUUGGAAUGCUGGAAUUCUUCAGGGACCUUCCAACCUUAAAAGCUAGAAUUCUGGGAUGUUUCUCAAGCUGACUUUCUAAGCAUGGCACACUUUCACCCUCAAAUGGUUCCGCUUGUAAUCCAAAAAAA